UUUCCUCACCCACUGCACCCCCACCCCACCUCCCAAAAUGCCACCCCUCCCCCCGGUCGCCUUCGCGACACUUGCGCACCAGCAACCCGGCAGGCCGUACAUCACGGGCAUCACGCCGACCUCGCUCUCGGGCCACCUGAUCCUCCAGCACCCCGACCCGGUGCUCACCAUCGCCGACGCGCAGACCCUCGCCCCCGUCGAGCGGCUCACGGGGCACACUGGGCCCGUGACGGCCGUGACGUGCGAGGAGGGGAGUAUCUGGAGCUCGGCGAAGGACGCGACUGUCGUGCGGUGGGACGAGCGGAGUCGGCGCGCCGCGACGACCAUCAAGGCAUUUAUCCGCAAGCCCCUCCCUGUCACUGCACUCGCUGUGAGCGAGUCCGACCACCUCGUCGUCGGCGGCACGGAGCUUGUUUCAUCCGAGGCGCACAUCUUGUUCUGGGACACGCGCAACGCGUCCGAGCCGGCGUACCGGCACAGCUCUACGCACUCGGACGACAUUACGCACCUGUCGAUUCUCCCGCCCACGUCGUCGUUCCAGGUGUCCCCGGCCAGACAGCUGCCCCAGCGCCUGCUGCUCUCGACCGCCACAGACGGCUGCGUCGCGCUGUCCGACCUGCGCCAGACGGACGAAGAGGAGGCCGUGCAGGCCGAGGAGAACUGGAACCAGAGCAUCGCGGCCGCCGGGAGCUACGCCUACGAGGGCCGGCUCAAGAUCUGGGCGCGCAGCGACAUGGACUUUGUGGCGGCGUGGGGCGUCGGCGCGGACCCGGACGACGGCGAGCUCCAGCUGCAGGACUUUGCCGAGAUCAGCAGCGCCCAGUUCAAGUACCGCGACUUUGAGCUGCCGCGCGCCGGCCCGAGCGUCGUCGCGCCGGUGGGCAGCGAGCGCGCGUACCCCGACAGACUGCGGAGCGACUACCUCAUCGACGUGUGUCCCAGCCUCGGGGUGAACAACCGUGGUCUGCCGAUCGUCGGCGUGGGGUCCAACGACGGCAACAUUGUCAUCCAGCACGCGUCCGCGUUCAGCACGCGCGAAAACCGCCCAUACCACCCCUCGGCGUACUUUGUCUCUGAGCCCGGCGCGCGCGGCCACAAAGACGUCGUGCGCUGCAUGUACCAUGCGGUGCGGGACGAAGCGCUGUAUACCGGCAGCGAGGACGGCGUGCUCGCCGGCUGGAGCCUGGCGAGCUUGCCCCGUCUGUGGACGGGCAACCCUGCUAUCGAUGACGACGGAGGCGACGGGCGCGAGGACGUCGCCUCGGACGACGAGGACGACGAGAGCGAGAUUGAGACGGAAGAGAGCGAGAGCGACAAGAGCGACAACUCGGACGACAUGGAGGUUGAUGAGGGCCCCCGUCAUGGUCCUGUUUACGGCGGUCGUGGACGCAACGACCGCCAGGACAAGCGGAGGGAGAAGCGCCACGCGCCGUACUAG